UUUCUUCAGUCAUCCAUAGAAAAUAUAUCAACAAACUUUAAUAAAAUGGAAAGCGGAAAAAUAAGAAAAAAAAGUCUCCUAGUUGUCCCUUCUCUAACAUUUUGUCAAGCAAAGUCUGCUUUUUGGAGAGGGUUUUAAUUUAUAGAGGAAGGGGACUAAGACACUGAACUUCUAAAAUAGGUAUAAGACUUGACUCUGCCAAGUGUUUCUACUGCAGGAGAGGUGAGUUGGCCUCAUAGCAGACUAUGGCUUGAUGUGUCCUACUCUCACUGCUGUUGGCCCACCCAUGUAAGACCCUCUUUGUGCAGGGACACAGCCCUAUACUCCUGACCCCAGGUGGCUGAAGUUAAGCAUUUGCACACUCUCUCCAGCCAUGCCCAGCAGCUGCUCUACUGACUGAGGUCCUCAAAACACCUUUCAGCAUAAAUUUUCAUUGAGAAAAACUGCCUUUUUUGCAAAAAAGAGCGUAAUUUUGUUGUUGUUUGGGUUUUUUUAAUAUUCUGAUUUACUUUUUGACAAAUUCUUUUCUUCAAACCACAAAGAAAGCAUGAAAGAGGUAAGAAGCGUUUCAAGUCUACCCUCUGGAGAGCAAUUUUAAUGAUUUGAAAAGAGCUGUGGCACUUGAUAUCUACUGAGGGUUUGAAUCAGUAAAUAAAAGUGGUGUUUGAUUUUCUCUGCUAUGAUAACUAUUACAAGUUUAGUCACUCAGUGUCCUAUGUUUGAUUUCAGGGGCUAUAUAAAGGAGUGAUUGGACCAAACAGCAAUGAGUAGUAAAGCACUGAUGGACAGUCUACCAGCUUUUGCAGUACCUCUUCCACCAGAGUUAGAAGAUGAAGUUAUGACAAUGGAUAACGUGAUGGAGAGAAAGCCUAACUAUGACCAGGAGUUGAAGAAACAAUAUUAUGGAGAAGAGGACAAAGCAGCAGAACGUACCUUGUGUAACCAAUAUGAAGAAAAAAUCCGACCCUGCAUUAAUCUCAUCGAUAGCCUAAGAGCUCUCGGAAUAGAAAAAGACAUGGCUUUGCCUGCGAUUGCAGUGAUUGGAGACCAGAGCUCUGGGAAAAGCUCCGUCCUAGAAGCCCUGUCUGGUAUUGCUCUUCCUAGAGGCAAUGGUAUUGUUACUCGAUGUCCCUUGGAACUUAAACUGAAAAGAACACCUUCCACCCAGGAAUGGAAAGGGAAAAUUCGUUACCGCAGCUUUAACAUUGAGCUCCACAAUGCCUCUGAGGUGGAUAAUGCAAUAAGACAAGCCCAGAAUGUUGUGGCUGGUACUAAAGGUGCCAUUAGUGGAGAACUGGUUUCCCUAGAAAUUUGGUCGCCAGAUGUACCAGAUCUGACGUUAAUUGAUCUUCCUGGAAUUGCCAGAGUGGCUGUGGGGGACCAGCCAAAAGACAUUGGGGAACAGAUCAAAAUACUACUUAAAAAAAUUAUUCGCUUCAAAGAAACACUCAAUUUGGUAGUGGUGCCAUGUAAUGUGGAUAUUGCAACAACAGAAGCAUUGAAAAUGGCUCAAGAGGUGGAUCCCACUGGAGAAAGGACACUAGGGAUCCUCACAAAACCUGACCUGGUGGAUAGAGGAACUGAAGAGUCUGUCAUUAAGAUAAUGCAAAACAAGGUCAUCCCCCUCAAAAAAGGUUACAUGAUUGUGAAGUGUCGCGGGCAGCAGGACAUCCACGACAAACUGUCCUUGGCCACUGCAAUCCAGCAGGAGAGAAAAUUCUUCCAGACUCACAAACAUUUCAGCAUUCUGCUGGAAGAAAGAAGAGCUACUAUCCCUUAUCUGGCAGAAAAGCUCACAAAUGAACUUGUGGGACAUAUUAUUAACACUUUGCCAGCACUGGAGAAACAAAUUCAUGAGGCACUACAAAAAACAUUACAGGAUCUACAAAAGUACAAAAGAGUCUCACCCACAACAGAGUCUGAGAAGCUGACUGUCCUCACUGAUUUGAUCAAACUCUUUAAUCAAGAUGUCUCUCAGACAAUACGUGGAGAGGAACAGUUGGCUGGAAAUGAAAUCAGGCUGUUUACAAAAAUCCGCAAAGAGUUCCAAACAUGGGAAACGGUUCUCCUAGAGUGUGCUGCAAAGGUUAACGAAACUGUACCCGGUAAAGCAUGGAAAUAUGAAGAACAGUAUCGUGGAAGAGAGUUCCCAGGUUUUACCAAUUACAGGACAUUUGAGGAUGUUAUAAAAGAGCAGAUCAUAGAACUGGAGGAGCCAGCCAUUGAGAUACAGAACAGGGUGAUUGGACUGGUUGAAGAGAAAUUUAUGGAACUCACUAUAAGGCAUUUUGGCAAUUUCCACAAUCUAAACAGAGCUGUUAAGACCAGAAUUGAAGACGUUAGAGAGAAACAAGCAGAGGAGGCUCAAAGACGUAUCCGGACCCAGUUUAAAAUGGAGAGAAUUGUAUACUGCCAGGAUAACCUUUACAUAAAUGAUUUAAAAUCUGUUAAUGGAGAAUACUUUAAGAAAGUCAGCAAAGGGAAAGAAUCACAGGUUGGAUCUGAUUUGCAACAAGAGCCCUAUUUUGUCCGGGAACUGGUUUCUCACACGAAGGCUUACUUCUACGGAGCAAGUAAACGCCUCUCUAAUCAGAUACCUCUGAUCAUCCUGUCUUCUGCCUUUCAUGACUUUGGGGAUGGCUUACAGACCACAAUGUUGCAUCUUUUGCAAGAAAAAAACAACUUAAGCCAUCUGCUUCAGGAGGACAGUGAAGCUGCGAAGCAUAAGAGCUACCUCAGUGAAAGAGCUGAUCGUCUCACCAAAGCCCGCCAGUACCUGAGAAAAUUCACCUCACUGUAAUUUCUUAAUUUUUCAGUCUACUCAUUUUCUAGCAUUAUUGAAGAACUUCAUAAAAUCCCUGAAAAUGUAACGUCAGCACCCAUUUCUAGUGUUGUUUGCUUUAUUUUCCAUAAUCAUAUUACAUGCAAACACCUACCCUUAUGUUAAGUGCUCUUUUCUGGGAGUUGUGACUGAAUAAAUGCUGUCUGAGUUUUAAACAUUUGCUUUAUGAACUUUGUAUAACCAUUAAAAUAAUUAUUAAAAAGCUA